AUGGAAUUAUCGCUAAUUUCAGGACAGGUGCAUUUGUCAAUUCCGGCAUUAGACAAUACAAUUGUUUGUGAGUCUUCUGUUCCAGGUGCCUGUGAUCCUCGUAAAGCUUUGAAACCAUUUUUAAAAUGUCCAAGAGGAACUUUACAUGGCGAACAUUGCGUCGUGCCCACUGUAGGAAUUCUUACUUGUGACGAAGGCAGUGUUUUAAAAGACUUUCAAUGUGAAUAUAUCGAAACUAUUCCAGCUGAACCAUCUUGUCCUGUGGGAACUCGUGAUAUUGGAGGUCUGUGUCAAUCAACCAAAAUAAAAGGCAUAAUGGAACGUUGUAAAGCUGGAGAACUUGAAAACAACCAAUGCGUUGUAUACAUUCCAGAAUCACAUCACAAAAUCACUGGAUGUCCAAUCGGAUAUACUGAAGCCAGAGGAUCAUGUUGGAAAUCAGUUGAAAUGGAUUGCACACCCCGAGCAGACGCAGGAAUGGUAGAGGCAUCAGUUCAUGCUGAAACAUGUUUAAGACACCGCUUUAAUGAUAGUAAUAAUAAUAAUACGCUCCCGGAUGCUGAAAUCGGUGUUAAUCAAAGGUUGAGAUACUUGAGCAUCCUCAAUGAUGCUUAUUCAAUAACUUUUGCCGAUGGUAUCGGAAUGAUUAACAACUGUAAAAUUGGAAGCAAUCAAACCUAUCAAAUUAAUUUCAACGAAGUUAGUACUGGGUUAGGUGACAUAGCUGCUUUGCUUUCAACAGUCUCGGAGCGUCUUUCUUAUAAUAUCAGCAAUAACAUUUUUAGUACUUAUUUUCAGAAAAAUAAAUUUUCCUUAGCUCUCAAAGAAUUAAUUGGCGUAUAUUGUGAUUUACGAAAUAAAGUAAUGCAAAAUAGUAUAUCAAAAGAACCUUUUGAUACAUCAACUCUAGGAUUAAUAAACAAUUACUCUAUUGAUUAUUCUGUAACAUCCGAACAAAAUUGGACAAAUGCUAUAGAAAAAUCGAAGCUUGGUAGUGGAGCUUAUGGACAAGUUUAUCUUUGUGAACAUGUUUUAGAUGAUAUAGUAUUAGGGUAUUACGCCAUUAAAAAGAUUCCUGUUGGAAAUGACAAAAAAAUGUUAGCUAAAAUGUUAAAAGAAGUUAAAAUGAGAGAAUCACUUAACCAUCACAACAUUGUUUCAUACAAACACAGUUGGUUAGAAUUUCAUAAAGGUACAGCACUACCUCCAGUUUAUGUACCGUGGUUGUUUGUGCUUAUGGAAUACUGUGCAGGAGGUUCACUUGAAGAAUUAAUAACGUUGGUGUACAUUCAAAAUGAAAGUAUACUCAGCGAAAAUCAAGUCUGGGUUUUAUUUUUUGACAUAAUAUUUGGUUUACAGCAUUUGCAUCAUCACUAUAUAGUUCACAGAGAUUUGAAACCUUCUAAUAUUUUAUUAAAGUUACAAUCCGAGGUUCAUACGGACAAUGUUGAAAUACCUCAAGUUUAUGCAUGUUUGGCUGAUUUCGGUACAGCCGAUUAUGUUUCAAGCAGUCGAACAGGCGAUGGGUACACUGGAACGAAAGAAGAUAUUUGUAUUAUAGGUGUGGCUGGACAAGUAGGAACAGCUGUUGCAAGCGCUCUAGCACUCAGAAAUUAUCCUGGAAAAAUUUUUGGGGUUGAUAUCAAGGAAGAACUAGCUAUGGGACGUUUGUUAGACAUAGAUGACGCUACGGGAAUAAACAACUUACCAUACAACCACAUUUCAUACACUACUUUCGACAAGGUUAAAAAUUGUGACAUAAUUAUUAUUUCUUCGGGAGUUCCUCAAAAGCCUGGUCAAACUCGUACUGAACUGAUAGAUAUUAAUUUGAAAAUAAUGAAAUCUAUUUGUAAGAGUAUCAAACCAUUAAAACCUACUACAAAAGUAAUUGUAAUCAGCAAUCCAGUAGACAUAUUAACUUAUUUUCUCCAAAAAGAAAUAGGUUUGCCUCAUAAUCAAGUGUUCGGUUCAGGAACAUUCCUAGAUACGUCAAGACUGAAGAAGCAACUAAACUACUCAUACAAUAUUCCGCUUGACAAAGUCAAUAUUUAUGUUAUCGGAGAACAUGGUGAUGACCAAUUCGUCGUAUGGAGCAAUGCCACUGAAAAUGGUAAAUCAAUCAUUGAGAAAUAUAAAAUUACGAGAGAUAAUCAACUUAAGAUUGAAGAAAUAACCAGAAAAAGAGCUUAUGAUAUUAUUAAUUUUGUUGGAGCCACUUGUUUUGGUAUCGGAGCUCACAUUUCGGAAAUUAUUUUUCAAAUGCAAAGCAAUGCUAAUUAUAUACUACCGUUGUCUCACUACCACGAAAAACUGGAUUUAUACAUGUCGACCCCUUGUGAAUUCAAUAAUGAUGGAAUAGGAAAAACACUGGAUUUAUCACUAAAUGAUGAAGAAAAACAAAAGUUUGAUGAAUGUGUUGAAAAACUUAAAAAAAUUAUAAAAGAGCACAAUAAGUAA